AUGAAGGCCAUAUUAGCAUCUAUUAUCCAGUCAAGAACUACUUCACUCUACCCCUCCGAAUUCAAACCAGCCUGUGAAGGUCGUGAAAAAAAAGCAUUAGGAAACCAAUUCAACCUAAAUCAAUUUGGCGUAAAUCUAGUAAAACUUCUUCCAGGCGCAGCUUCAUCUCAAAGGCAUUACCAUCUUCAAGAAGAUGAAUUUAUUUACGUUCUAUCAGGAAAUAUCACUCUCGUUAUAAAUGAAGGAGAAGAAAUCUUAUCCCCUGGUAUGUGCUGUGGAUUUAAAGCAGGUGAUCCUAACGGACACCAAUUAAUUAAUAAAACAGCUGAACCUGUAGAAUACCUAGAAAUCGGCACAAGGAGCUUAAAUGAUGAAAUUAUUUACCCAGACAUUGAUUUACAAGCUUUUAAAGAAAAUGGAAAUGCUAGAUUUACUCAUAAAGAUGGAACGCCCUACACUGAAUAA